AUGGAGCAAGCCGCCGGGUGCCCCGCGGUGGGCGGCAGCUACCCGCAGAAAAACGCCGAGAUCCUCAGCAGUCAGUACGGCAUCAACCUCUUCCUGGCCGGGCUGCUGCUCACGUUCGCCUGGGCUGUGCAUGCUGUGGGCAUCAGCAAGAGCCACCUGCUCUCCUACCUCAUCACGCUGAUGCUCAUCCAGCUGCUGUGGAUGCUGUGGUACCUCUGCAGGAGCUGCACGCAGAGGAGGCUGAUCCGGGACAAGGACACACACGCUGGAGCCCGCUGGCUGAAGUGUGGGAUUACAUUAUUUGCAGUGAUUACUUUAAUUCUGGACUCCUUUAAAAUUGGAUAUUAUAUUGAUUUUUCAAACUGCUUAUCACCAACUGAAGGCAUUUUUCCUGUUACACAUGCUGUCCACACCAUCUUACAGGUGUAUUUUCUGUGGUGUCAUGCAAAGGAUGUUAUCCAGUCUUUCAAAACACUUGAAAGGUUUGGUGUUAUCCAUUCUGUUUUCACAAAUUUGCUCCUGUGGACAAAUGGCGUGUUAACAGAGUCAAAGCAUCAAUUGAAUGAACAUAAGGAAAGACUAAUCACACUUGGUUUUGGGAACAUAACUAUAGUUCUAGAUGAUCAUGCACCUCAAUGCAAUUGCACAACAACAACCCUCUGCUCGAUAUUUUCUCAGGGAAUAUAUUACCUAUAUCCCUUUAAUAUAGAGUACCACAUCCUAGCAUCCACGAUGCUCUAUGUCCUGUGGAAGAACAUUGGUCGUAAAGUUGAGCACCACCAGCAAAACAAAACUCCAUUCAAAUUCCACGGCAUAACUGUUGGAAUGAUUUUUGGACUAAUCGUGUUAACUAGCACAAUAGCCAUAGUUGUUGUGUAUUUAAUUCAGAUUGGAGGCUCAAAAAUCAAAAGUGAGUUAGCACUCACUAUGUUUUACUUGCACGCUAUCUUUGUGUUGGCUCUCAUGUGCACAGCUGGAAUCGUCGCCCUUCUCAUCUACAGACUGGAGGAUAGAUCGCUGGAUAACUCCAAGAACCCUGCUCGAAAACUGGAUGCAGAACUGCUGGUGGGCACAGCUGCAGGGUCCUGGCUGCUCUCCUGGGGCUCAAUCCUUGCCAUUAUCUGUGCCCAAGGUCAUCCCAAAUACACAUGGUAUAACCUGCCCUACUCUGUUCUGGUUAUUAUUGAGAAAUAUAUUCAGAACCUCUUUAUCAUUGAAUCCAUCCACCGUGAGCAGGAGAAGGUGAAUGAGGACAUUAAAACUCUUCGAAUAGUGACCAUAUCUCGGGGGAGCACUUUGUCCCUCACCCCCUUGUACAAAGAGAUUUACAACGGCAGAGCUGCUCGUGACAGCGGCGACGUACCCUGUCUGUUUAAAGGCAGCAUCUGUGGGACAGAAAACGAUGGUGCUGGUGUUGCCAGAGAAGAAAUGAGUCAGGACAAUAGUUUGGUCAUGCACUCAGCCUCAGAUUUCUCAUUUUACAGCAGAAACUCAGUUACUAACAACAAGAGGAGAAUUUUGAAGAACAUCGCUGCAUUUUUAUUCCUCUGCAACCUUUCGCUGUGGAUACCACCGGCGUUCGGGUGCCGCCCGGAGUAUGACAAUGGACUGGAAGAAAUAGUUUUUGGCUUUGAACCCUGGAUAAUUGUUGUGAACCUUGCGAUGCCUUUUUCUAUUUUCUAUCGGAUGCAUUCAGCUGCCUCUCUCUUUGAGGUCAAUUGUAAAACAUAGAUCAUAUACGGUCCCUCAGUGAACAAUUGAUUGAAUAAUUAAUUACAUAAAUAACAGUUGAGGGAGUGGAUGAAUGGAUGAGUGAAUGCAGCAGCUGCUCAAUAAAUAGAAGAUUCAAUAAUUUUUUUUAAAGAAGGGACAAUCGCUAAUAGCAUGUAAUUUUUUUUCUUUCCACAUGUUUUGUGAUAUAUGUGGUGUUGUUGUAUAAAUACUCUUUUCAGAAUCAUAUUAGUGUUAAUAUGAUUAACACUACAUAGUAAAGUUAAUUCACAGAAUCAUAUUAGUGUUAAUAUGAUUAACACUACAUAGUAAAGUUAAUUCAAUCUCAUUAAUCUUUGUUU